GCGGAGCUUGUUGGGUGUGGAUUAAUGGGUUCUGAGUAUUUAUCUUGUCCAUUUCUCUUUUGGGUACUGAGGCCGCCAAGGCGCAGGUCCGCGCUCUGGAAGGGGUAGGGACCUGUGCCUUCCCGCCACUUUCACCUGGACCGAACUGGGGUCAGUUCGCCUUGACUGAUUGAAACUCAGGGGCUUUUGGUUGGAGGCCCCAGGCUUCAUUUCUCGGGACUCCGGGUCCUGCUCCUUUUAGUGCUGAACGUGAAACUACUUGGUGUAGGGCUGUUGUUUAGAUUUCUUUCUAAUGAUAGAAUGAGAAAAUAAAUGUGUUUCAGUGUAUUUGCCUAGUUCAUUAUUGGAUGCAGUGUUUUUUUAAGUCCUAGGUUGUAGGUAUUAUUUCAGAAUGUACACUUUAAAAAAAAGGAAAAAAAAUACCUGGGAAAUAUGUUUGCUAAGAUAUCUCGUCUUUAUUUGUCAGGAUAUUUUUAACAGCGUGAUCUGUAUGUUGUUUUUUACAUUAGCAUUAUUGUGUCCAUUCAUUCUGAAUGGGCAAUUAUUGAUUGGAGAUUUUAGGGACAUAAUAGCCCACAACUGAGUCAAAAUCCCUGCCCUCUUGGAGCUUCCAUUCUGGUGAUUCAGUAUCACCGUAUCAAUAGGAUGGCACAAAACCAAUGCAGAGUGUUGUAAGUGAAACAACGUAUGGAAAAUCCCCAUAUUAUGGACAUUUAUUUCCUGUUGAAGAAACUCAGAAGCACUGUGUAUUGUAUAUGAUGUAUGUUAUAUGAUUGUUUCUGAACACUGGAUACAGCAUCAAUAAAAUUACUAGUUGCUGGCUGUAUUACACAUAUCUUAGCUAAUGCAGUAGUUAUUUGUGUGGUACUGGGUCUGGUAAUAAAAUUGAGAAGCCUUUUAAUUUUAUUUCAAAUAACUUUAUGUAUGUUAUCUCAUUUAAUUCUCAAAACAGCCCAUGAAAUGUAGACACUAUUUAUUUUACUGAAGAGAAGACUGAAGUUUUCAGAAAAUCACUAAGGAAAAUAUUUCUCUUGAACUGUACAAACUAGCCAAGACAGAAUUGAAUUAUACGUCUCUGAAACACUUUCUAGAUCAAGUGAUGUUAAGAUGCUAUCUUAAUCUAGUCUGAAAAUAGGCAUGUAUUACCAAUUUCUUGUAAAAUUGUAUUGUUCAUUGGUGAAUAAGUAGAAGUGUUUUAAAUUUCGUGGUUUUUGACACCCGCAUUGUAUAAUCCUUAGCAGUCUCACAGGUGUUUCUACACCUAAUCUAAAUACUUAUUUUACAUAUAACUUUAAAUUCUGCUUUACACUUGCCAUUUAGUAGUGUUCAGAUGAUGCGUUCCGUAUUCUUAAAGGAUUGUAUAUUUAGUUAAAGCAGAGGAAUUUUAAUGUUACAAUCAAUGCCAUUACUAUGCCAGCUGGCUUUCCUUUAGUUUGGCAAGACAUUAAGGGGUAUAACAGAAAGGAUAAGAGACUGACGUAUUUUCUAACGAAAUGAAGGGUAAAAAGAACCCAAAUUUUCCAAAUGUAGUGCUAAGGAGACAGAAAUUCCCACCAGAAGUAUAACUAACUGCCGUGUCAUUCAGAACACAGAAAUUUACGUUAGGUUCACAGUAAACUGAAAGAGUGGAAAUAAGGGUAAAAUGGAAAGUUAGAUUUAAAGUUGCAUCAGACUUAAAAAAAAAAAAAAAGUAGAAGUGAAUUUAAACCUGGCAAUGGUCGGGUCUUAUUUAACCCGCUCCCCCAGGAACCCCAUCCGGCCCCUCCAAGCGCAUGGCGACCCCUCGGCAGCCAGGGGAGGGGAGCAGCGGAACGAAAGGCAGACGGGACUCGCGUGCCCGGGCGGACGUGGGCCCAGUCUGUCCGUCCUCUCAAGUUUCCCCCAGGGCGGGGCCCACGUGUGCCGCAAGUGCAGGUUCUCCGGCGCCGCUGUGGUCGUCGCUGUCCCGAGUUAGGGGCCCGCUGAGCCAUUUCCGCGCCUCAGAUUUUUUGAGCUACAGGAUGCUUCGAUACCCAUAUUUUUCUAGAAUCCGUAAAGAAUUGCUUUCAUGCUCGUUGGAAUCAGGCGUAUUUAAUUUAGGUGUCUGGCCAAAAAAAAUACACGCUACAGCAGAAAGAUAUGGCCAUUCUGAAGCCCAGGAGCAAACAAAUCAAACUGGAGCUGAGGAGUUACAGAGAUCUCAAGACAGCAGUUCAGAAGCCAUGACUAAAUUACAUAUUCCGGUAAUGGUGGAGGAAGUGGUUCGCUGUUUGGCACCACAAAAAGGACAGAUUUUUCUAGAUAUGACAUUUGGUUCGGGAGGACACACAAGAGCCAUUCUACAGAAGGAGUCGGAUAUUACUCUGUAUGCCUUAGACAGAGACCCGACAGCUUAUGCACUAGCUGAACAGCUUUCUGAAUUAUAUCCUAAACAGAUUCGAGCCAUGCUGGGCCAGUUCAGCCAGGCGGAAGCCUUAUUAAUGAAAGCUGGAGUGCAGCCAGAGACUUUGGAUGGAGUUCUUUUGGAUCUUGGGUGUUCUUCCAUGCAACUUGAUGCUCCUGAAAGAGGUUUUUCCCUUCGGAAGGACGGUCCCUUGGACAUGAGAAUGGACGGCGGCAGGUACCCUGACAUGCCCACCGCAGCUGAUGUUGUGAACGCUUUAGAUCAACAGGCACUUGCAUCCAUCCUGAGAACAUACGGGGAGGAGAAGCAUGCCAAGAAAAUCGCUUCAGCAAUCGUUCAGGCACGCAGCAUCUACCCCAUCACCAGAACCCAGCAGCUUGCCAGCAUCGUCGCAGGUGCAUUUCCUCCCUCUGCUAUUUAUGCACGAAAAGACUUGCUACAACGAUCCACCCAUAUUGCUACCAAGACUUUCCAAGCUUUUCGAAUAUUUGUGAAUGAUGAGCUCAAUGAACUUUACACAGGAUUGAAGACAGCUCAGAAGUUUCUGAGACCUGGUGGUCGUCUUGUUGCCCUCUCAUUCCAUUCACUAGAGGAUCGCAUUGUCAAACGAUUCUUGCUUGGGAUAAGCAUGGCAGAAAGGUUUAACCUAAGUGCUAGACAGAAGGUGAUACAAUCUUCACAAUUGGGUUCAGGUCAUAAAAACAAGGAGGGAGGCUCUAUGGGAAGGGCCCCUUUAAUGUGGGAACUGAUUCACAAGAAGGUGCUUACUCCAGAAGAUCAGGAUGUAGAGGAUAACCCCAGAGGGCGCUCGGCCAAGCUUAGAGCGGCUGUCAAAUUAUGAGAAAGAAAGUUAUCAUCAUCUGAUCCUUCAAGUUUUCCCUCACAGUUUCUCUUAAUAUUUUUCAUGUGAUAUUCCUGCACAGCUUAAUAUAAGAAAGUACGUGAUAUAGAGAUCUGUACUAUAUAUGUGUGGAAAUUGAGAGUAUUUAGCCUUUUUCUUUUGUCAAAAAGAAAAUGUUGGAAAUAUUAGCAUGACACAGAAAGUUCAACUCAAGGAGCAGCAGCAUCUUAAAACUGGAAAAAUGUGUUUGCUUUAGCAUUCUAUUUGACUUUUGAAAUGCAGUCCUUUCUCUAACAAGAAAUUUUUUUUUAAAAAAAAAAGAAUACUAUGUGUAUUUAUCUAAAUGUUAACUCAAGUUGUCAAAAGAGAGAGAUUAUAAUUAUAGCUGCAUGCCCUAAAUUCUGAAUUUAGAUAUUCAGAUUUGCAACAGACUUUCUAUGGGUCAAAUAAUUAAUAAUGAUCGUGGAAUGAAUUUUAAUUUCCCUACUUAGGAAUAAUUAAUCACUAUAGCUUUCUCAAAUAUACAUAUUAUGCAAAUUUUAAAUUUUCAAGUAUUAUUUUUUAAAUGUAUCAUACCGAUAAAUUUCAUCGUUGAAAUUAUAGUGUUCAUUGUCUUAAAGGGAUUUUUCAUUGUGAUAUAUACCGUGUUUUCAUAGAUUGCAAAGUAAAUGUAGACUUGGUCUAAGAGCCCUCACAGAGAAUGUUUCACAAAACUUAUAUUUAAAGUCAAUUGUGUUUAUUUUAAUAAUAGCCCAGAAUGCCUUUGAUAAAUAAUAAAAUCUCUCAUCAUUUGACUCCUUCAUUUUUCACUUGAGCUAUUCAAAGUAAUUCAACCAAGUCUAUUUGAAAUAGAAAAGUCUGUGAUGUAUUCAAGUUAUUAAAAUCAAUGCACCCUUAAUGUUUUUACUUACAGAUAGUAGCUGUAAUUGUCAAAUGUUUAUUCAGGAAAGGUUCACUUAUUAGAGGAUUCUUUAACAAAUUGAUGAGAUUGAGUCAUAAUUCACAUAUCAACUUUUUAUACAUAAAUAUGCACUUUUAAUUUUUUCAGUUAUUCAGCAAGUACAGAACUAGGCAGAGAAACAGUGGUGAGUAGAAUACACAUAGCCCACAGUACCUGUCCUGUGGAGUUUAUAGUCUAGGGGAAGAGAGCUAGAUUAAAUAAUCACAAAAAUCGAUAUAAAAUUGACACGUUGCAGUAGUAAAUACUACAAAGAGGCGAUGCAGGGUACGGCAAGAACACCUGGUAGGGAGUUCAUCUACUGAAGGAAACCAGGUCUGACAAAGUGGUGCUCGUGUCAUGACCUGAAGGAUAAGUAAGAUAACUAGUCAAAGGGUGCAUGGGCAUGUCAAUUAAAGGUGCAUGUAAAUGAUUGUUUUCUUAAGUAGUUAUCUUUGAAAUCAUAUUUAUACUAUUAAUUUUCUUAGUAAACUAUUUAUUCAAAUACAGGAAAAAUUCAUCUUCUCAAUUGUGAUUGCAAAUUCUAAAUUGAAUACAAGUGAAUAAAAUAUCAACAGAACUAUAUGGGCAUAUGAUAAGAAUUAAAUACUUGAAUUUACCUCA